UCUAACAUGAAUCUAUUUUUUUUUACGACUUUAUUUGUGCUAAUAGUUUCUUGUAAUGAUGCUUAUAAAAUAUUACUUGUUUUUAAUUUUCCGGGGCGGAGUUUGAGCCACUUGGCCAGAGGUUUCGUGAAACAUUUGCACAAUGCUGGACAUGAGAUAACUUAUGUAACAGCGUUUCCUCUUAAAAAUGCACCCGUGGAAAAUUUUCGCGAAAUUGAUGUAAGCAAAAGCGUUGAACACACUUUUAGUGAAGAAAUACUCAAUGUCACCUCCAUAUUGGAUAAACAUGACACAUCAUACAUAACAGAUGUUAAAGGCUUGAUGGAGUUGUCGUUGGAGGUGGCAGACGCUGCUUUUCAAGAUAUAAAUUUUAUGAGGUUGUUACGGAAUCCCACUGAAAAGUUUGAUGUUGUCAUAGCGGAUCUGAUUGAAGCUAAUGUUUAUGCUGGAUUAUCCGUUCUUUAUGAUUGCCCUAUGAUUUGGAGUUUUUCAAUGGGUACACAGUGGUCAGUUGUGAAAUUAAUCGAUGAAGCAACAAACCCAGCUUAUGUAGUUGAUUACUUGUCCCUGAAUUUACCACCGCUCACCUUCGCUCAACGGGUUGAGGAGUUGUGGACACAAAUUAGGGGAAAUUACCUCAAAGAAUUUAUUAUAAGACCUAAAGAAGAAGCGCUGUAUAAAAAGAUAUUUAUUUGAACCACUGCUAGCAAUCAAGGGAAAGACGCUUCCUUCUUACAGUAAGAUAAUAUACAAUGCAUCUCUAAUAUUUGCCAACAAGCAUAAUGCAAUUGAAAAGAUUCCGAGCACCCCACAAAAUCUUAUAUUUGUUGGAGGUCAGCACAUCGACAAUCCUGUAGAGCCCUUAAAUCAGAAUUUGCAGACAAUAAUGGAUUCCGCAGAGCAUGGAGUCAUUUAUUUCAGUCUCGGUACAGUUUUUCAAAGCAAAGAUAUGCCGAAAUUACUGAAAAAAAAUUUAAUCAAUAUGUUUGGCGAAUUAAAGCAAACUGUGAUAUGGAAAUAUGAAGGCCAAGAUUUGAAGAAUUUGCCGAAAAAUCUAGUGAUUUUGAAUUGGGCACCUCAAUCUAGUAUUUUAAAUCAUUCUAAUUGUUUGAUAUUUAUUACACAUAGUGGACUAUUAUCGACCAUCGAAGCUAUGCAUUUUGGUGUGCCUGUGAUAGGAGUGCCUGUUUCGUUCGAUCAGAUUUUAAAUGCGAAGAAUUCUGUUGCUAACGGAUAUUCUAUCUCUGUAGAAAUGACUUACAAUCUAGCUCAAGAAUUGAAACAUGCGAUUUUGGAAAUGCUUAUAGAUAAAAGAUACGCGUUAAGAAUUAAAGAACUGUCGCAGAUAUAUCACGAUCGGCCGGUGCCUUUAAACAGGGAAGUGGUGUACUGGGUGGAACAUGUUGUGCGCACACGAGGUGCUGUGCACCUUCGAUCACCAGCCUUAGAGUUGUUCUGGUACCAGAAAAUGUAUGUCGACUUCCUUGCUUUGGCAGUAGCAAUUUUAUUAGCCUUCAUAUUCACUGUACGACGUGUGAUUGCACUAGCUUGUCGCAAAAAGAAAACAAGCCCUAAAAAAAAGACACGCUAGAAAAUCCUGUACCUGGUUGACUCGAAAUCGAAUCAUCAAUCAGAUAUAGUUCACUGCUAAAUAAUAUAUAUAUACA